AAAUAAAGAGCUGUUUAUGACACGUCUGUGGGACAGCUUUAUCAGAUGAGGCAAUUGGCAUAUGGGCAGCAGACUGGGACAUACGAAGAAAAAGAUAGUAUAAGUUUUAAGCGUCUUACCACCAAGACAUGUCCUUAAAUGAGCAGGAACCAGAUACCAUCCAAAAUUUCCAACUUGGCAGAGGCUUUAUCCUCAACACUGAUGUGACUCAGGAGACUAUGGAAGUGGAUUUAGGCCUGGUACCAGCUUCCAGCACCGUAGAAAACAUUCACCUUAGAAGAUCCACUAGCAUCCCUUUGGUCAACGGAUUUGGUGAUAAUUCACAGGGACUCCUUCUUAACCCCACAAGAAUGAGAAGGAACAGCUCACCAUUUGCGAAUCAGCAUAGUUUGUUGUUUCUACCUUCCCGCAGUCGUACAUCUGCCAACCGGAUUUUCCAAAUCAAACAGGAAGAAGGGAUGGAUAUAGCCAUCAGAGAAGCAAUGCAUGAACGGGACAUGCACACUGCAAUGCAGAUAAGUCAGAGUUGGGAAGAGUGUCUAAAUCUGAAUGAUGACAACAACACCAUGACGUCAUCCACUAAAAGGAACACCAAUCUAAAUCCAGUUUCCCCAGCGGCUUCUCUCGCCAAGAAACCUGGGAAGUGAUUUUUCGCCAUCCUUACAAAUGUGUGGGAAUUGCAGUGGUUUGCCUUCAAGCCUCAUUCACAGGUCCAUGUGACAAUUUUAGCUUUUUUGUUAUUGUUAUUGUUACUGUUAUUGUUAUUGCUUGUUUAUUCAAAGUCUUUCUUUCUAGACAGGACUUGAACUUGUGGUGAUCCUCCAGCCUCGGCCUCCCAAGUGCUGACUCAUAUAUGGCCAUUUCUUUUAUUUUCUCUCUUCUGCAAUGUUUUUAUUUUUCCUUUUCUUCCUUCCUUUUUCUUUCUCUUUCUCUUUCUCUCUCUCUCUCUCUCUCUCUCUCUCUCUCUCUCUCUCUCUCCUUCCCUUCCUUUCUUUCUUUCUUUCUCUCUUUCUUUCUUUUUCCUUUCCUUCGUAGAGAUGGAACUCAGGGCCCUUGUGCAUUCUAGUUCAGCAAUCGCCCAGUAAGCUAUACCCUUAGAAUUUAUUUUACUUUUUAUUUUGAGACAGUAUGUUGCUAAGUCACCCAGGGUGGCCCUGAACUCACUCUGUAUGUCAUACUGGCCUUUAAUCUGUCAUCUCCUUGGCUUGAUCUCCUGAACAGUUAGAAUUGUACAGUUAUCAGGCUAAGUGACCAUGACAAUGUUCAAUUUAAGUUUAUGUUGUCUGAAAAUACUAAAUUGCUUGUAGAGUAAAUUUCUUUUUCAAUGCUAGGGAUAAAAGUCAGGCUAUUGUGCAGACAGGGCAAGCACUCUAGCACUGAAUUUACCUCUGGCCUCCAAGUAUUUUGGUGGCUUAACAGAAAGCACAGCUCAACGUUCUGUAAAAACAAGUCAUUUCGCUUUAGUUAAAUUAAAAUGCCAUUUGUUUCCAGUUAUCAUUUCAAUUAUACUGAAAAGAAGCAUCAAGUGAUCAACAAUAUGUGAUGAAUUCAGUAAUUCCUUAACCCUGGUUUGACCAUAGUCAUCUCUAACAGAAUUUGAAUUUGUUCUUAAGCAUCGACUAUCAAUAGCUCCUUUUUUAUUUUCUUUUAAAACAGGAUCUCAUAUAGUCCAUGUUAUAUCAUCAAGCCUAAUAGGGUAACGGGAAAAACCUUUAAUUUCUGAUCAUUCAACCUCCACCUCCUAAAUCCUGGGAUUAAGGGCAUGCACUACCAUAUCUAGUUUAUAUAGUGCUGAGGAUCAAACCCAGAGCAUUUACCAUGCUGGCUAAACACUCUACCAAGUCACCUAUAGCCCCAGCUUUCUAAAGCACUUAACAGAAAAAUCCCUGGGGAUCUGUAGCUUAGUGGUAGUACUCUGAAGUGGUUGCCUAUCAUGAGCGAAAUCAUGGGUUCCAUCUCCAGAACUGCAAGAACCUUUUCAUCUGUGUUUUUUUUUAUCUUAUUUCAUAUUAAUGUUUAGAGAAAGGCAACACAGAGAUGUGAUAUUGUAUAAUACACAUAGUUCU